AUGACUACAGCUUCAGCGGGGCGAGAGGGGAAGGUAAAGCUUGAGCCGGGCGAGAGGGUGAGAGGGCGAGGAGGGGCGAGAAGGUGUGGCGGGGUGUUGGUCGAAGCACCCACUGGAGUGGGAGGGUGCGUUGUGGCGGUGGACGGAUGGGAUGAGGAGAUGGACGGAUGGGAUGAGGAGAUGGACGGAUGGGAUGAGGAGAUGGACGGAUGGGAUGAGGAGAUGGACGGAUGGGAUGAGGAGAUGGACGGAUGGGAUGAGGAGAUGGACGGAUGGGAUGAGGAGAUGGACGGAUGGGAUGAGGAGAUGGACGAAUGGGAUGUGGAUGGAUGCUUAAAGGCCACUCCGUGGGCACUCAACGGCAAUAAUAAGGGCACCUGUAACAGCAGCGCUCACAGAGUGGUCCCCCUGUGA